GGCUUCCCUCCAUCCAACCCCAGCAAAACCAUCUCCUACCGGCCGGCAGCCCCAGUGCUCCACUCACACUGUCACCCGCACCACACUCCACCCAGCUAAGCUUCGCGCCUUCGUUCGUUCGCCAUGGCCACGCUCGCCAGGCACCUUAUCCUAUGCUCAUCCUCCCCCUCACAACGCCGCCGGAGGCCACCGCCGCUCGACGCGACCGGAGGCGGCACGGACAGGCAUCAGGCGCCGGCGCCGGCGCCGCCGCAGUCCACGACGCGUCGGCUGGCGGUGGCGGCGUCGACGGCGCUGGCGGCCACGGCCGCGCUGUCGGCGCGCCGGCCCGCGCCGCCCCCGCCCGCGAUGGCCGCGGAGGCGGCCGCGGUGCCCGCGCCGACGCCCGGCGGGACCGUGCCGCGGUGGGGCACCAGGUCGUACGUGCGGGAGCGGUACUUCGAGCCGGAGCUCACCGCGGAGGAGGCGGCCGCGCGCAUCCGGCAGACCGCCGAGGGGAUGCGCACGCUGCGGCCCAUGCUGGAGACCAUGUCGUGGAAGUACGUGCUCUUCUACGUGCGCCUCAAGUCCAAGUACCUCGGCCUCGACCUCACCACCGCCAUGGCCGGCGUCCCCGCCGGCCGACGCGCUGACUACGUCCGUGUCGCUAACGAGCUCGUCGACAACAUGACGGAGUUCGAUCGCUUCGUGCGGACUCCCAAGGUCUACGAGUCCUACCUCUUCUACGAGAAGACGUUGAAGUCGCUGGAUGACGUGGCAGAGUUCCUCGUUUGAUGUACAUAUUAUUGUAUAAGUAGUUCUUUGAUAUAUGUUCUCCGCCCGUCCAUAAAAGAACACAACUAUGUGAGUUGUGUGUGUCAAACUGGUUUGAGUUUGACCGAAUCUAUAAUGAAUAGUAUUAACAUUUUUUUUUAUCUCAAAUAAGGUUUACUAUGGAAAUAUGUUUCAGAAUUAACCUAA